GCGGUUAUCUUUGUCCAACUCGAGCUACGAGGCUCAGGCAAACGCGGUCAAGGGCGGCGUGCGUCCUUCAGAGGGGACGAAGGAAGUCAUUAGCUCCAUCCCGCAGCUGAUGGAGGCAAUCGCCGUCGUUUUGGAGCUCUAUCCCAGAGGGCUCGACCUUGCCAAGCUGAAGACCACGGUUCACAACCACACCG